UAUUACUACUGUCAUCAUCAGCACUCAGCAAGCCUCGUUGAAACCGCCUUUUCUUACUAAAUCAUGAUGGGCCUUUUCAACUCAGCCGGUUCCCACCUGAAGAGUGUUACAGGCUCAAAGUUUGACGACAAACCACCCUCCGAUACAGAACCAGACGAUACAUCCAUCUUGUCCGUCUUUUUCACCUGUUCUUCAUAUCAAUCCUCUCUCCCUUUCUCUCUUAAUCGCUGAUGAGACUUGAGAAUGUUGACUCGGAUUCUUUACUCAGAGAUGAGAACGAAGGCUCAAUUGUCGUCUCCUUACUUUCACAGUUGAGAGUAGGAAUGGAUCUCUCGAGAGUUACAUUUCCAACAUUCGUUUUGGAACCGAGAAGCAUGUUAGAGAGGAUUACGGACUUCAUGUCCCAUCCCGAUCUUAUCUUUGGUGCCGAGGAAUUUGAAAACCCUGAAGAACGAUUCAUACGAGUCCUACAAUACUACCUAGCCGGUUGGCAUAUAAAGCCAAAGGGUGUAAAGAAACCAUACAAUCCCACCCUCGGAGAAUUCUUCCGCUGUCGGUAUGACUACAAGAAUGGAACACAAGGUUUCUACAUUGCCGAACAAGUCUCCCACCACCCCCCGAUAUCCGCAUUCUUCUACAUCUCUCCCGCAAAUCGUGUUUGUAUCCUUGGAGAACUUCGACCUAAAUCCAAGUUUUUGGGUAACAGUGUGUCGACGACGAUGGAGGGAGAGAACCGAGUCACUUUGUUGGGGAAACCAGAGGACGGUGAAUACGUGAUUACAAUGCCAAGCAUGUACGCAAGAGGUAUUCUCUUCGGAAAGAUGGUUGUAGAAUUGGGCGAUACUUGUAUCGCGAAAAACGAGAAACAUGGGUUGUACUGUGAUAUAGAGUUCAAGACCAAGGGAUUUUUCUCUGGCACGUAUAACGCCAUCUCAGGACGCGUCAGACGUAGGCAGACAGAGGUUGGUGAAGUAUCGGGACGGUGGAGUCAUAUUAUGGAUUAUCGGAAUGUGAAGACGGGAGAAAAGCGAGUCCUCUUUGACUGCGUCAAAGACGGUCAGAACGUCAGCCCAAAAUGGGUACAACCAGAAGCGGAACAAGAACCUAACGAGUCUCGGAGGCUAUGGCAGAAACUCACCCAAGCCAUCAUCGCUAAAGAUAUGGAAGCUGCGACCGACGCUAAAUCCGCAAUAGAAGAUGCCCAACGUGAACAGAGACGGAUGAUGGAAGAAAGGGGGGAGAAACAUAUUCCAAGGUUUUUCCAGUGGAGAGAUGGGAGGUGGCAGCCCAAGUUGAAGAUUCCAACAGAUCCUUCUGAAGCGACUCGAAUAGUACAAGAAUGGAUAUGGUCAUCUCCUCCUCCUUCCUCUUCUACCUCCGCCUCCCAGCCAACGAGUAUAUCGAAACCUGGGUCUCCGGCUUCGGCAGGUUAGAGGUAACGCAUUCAAGUUGGAUUGAUUGUAUUGUUAUGCUAUGGGUGUUGUAUUUGUGAUAGUGGUUGUUGUUUAAUACUACAUGCUACACCACUCUCAGUCCGGUGGAACGUACUGUGAUUCACGUCGCGCCAUCGAGAACAUGGUCUUUCCUGUAUGCUAAGUAUAAUAUCCAAAUAAUAUCAGCCG